CACACUACUGCAGCAUUCUUCCAUUCGAUCGAUCUCGCUUUUCUUUUCCAAAGGAAGUAAAAUGUCGUUCAGGCAGACCUCGUACCGGAGAAGCGCGGUUUCGCUAUGGAAGGUGAUUUUCAGGCUCGAGGGAAACAUCAUGUUUGCUGUCCUUCCUCUGUGUGUGAUCAACUGCCUGUUACUGGCCCUAGUAUCGUACAGCCGAGAGAAAUUUCGCUUGGGAUUUUCACCGAACGGCCACGGGCUCCUGACACUGCUGGUCUCCUUUUUGGUUGUAUCGAAGGUCAACCUGGCCUACGAUCGGUACCGGGCCGUUCGGGAAUACGCCGGCCGUGGAUCCACGCUGCUCAGAGAACUGAUACAAAUGGCAAUGGCCAUAUCCAUCGCACACAGCAAUAACAAUAUCGAAAACAGCGAGAGGGAAAAAGAACUCCGACAGUGGAGAUUGGAAUGCGUAGAAAAGGUAAAGGAGUUGUUGAAUUCUUCGGUGUGCGUUCUGCAGGACCGAUCGCUGGCCAAGCACUUUGCCUACAACAAGCCCGUGACGAAAAGCGGACCCUCGAUUCUCACAUCGAGCAGCAGCUACGAUUCUAGAACCGUCGACCUCAAUGGUGGGUCACGAGACGAGGAUGCCGAGACAAUGCUUCUGGAUCCCCUGCUGCAGAUCCAAUCACUGCGACUGCAUCUCUAUUGCACCCCGGCCAUGGGGUUCGAGCUUCUAGAACGGGUCCACCUGACGAACAAGCUCCAGGAAUACGCAACAUGCUACACCUCGCUGCUCACGCUGGCAUCGACUCAGCUUCCUUUUCCGCUGGUGCAAAUGGGGAGGGCCUUUCUGUUGAUAUGGACAUUCUCGAUGCCCCUGGUGCUUCUAGAAGGGCCCUUUUCGGACAUGUGGUCGGCCCAGACCUUUUUGUUCUUCCUCACCUAUGGCUUUAUCGGUCUGGAGCUGGUAUCCAUCAAGCUGUCGGAUCCCUUCGGAAGUGGGCGGGACGACGUGCCGAUUUCGGGGAUCCGCGACGCGGCGAUCCAGGGCAUCGAUAACGACCUGAGGGAAAUAGCGGGGAUGCAGGCCACUAUCAGCGAGCGGCGCUUGAAGUUUUCCCGGCAAACAAUAAGGCAGCGUCGGCACCAAUCACACGCACAGGAGACAGAGGCUGGGGAUUGUCAGGACCACCACCACGACGACCAAAACUAUGGCUACCACGCAAUGGCCGGAGCCGACAAUGAUAUCGCCUGAAAAACGGCACUCGACAAACCGAAGAAUCUGGUAACAUUGACAAUAGACCACAGCACGCAAG